AUGAUCAACGCCGUCUUGGUCUUCAACGGCCAGGGUCAGCCUCGUCUGACAAAGUUCUACACACAGCUCCAGCGCCUGAUCAACGAGAUCUUUGCCCUCGUCUCCAACCGGCCGGACGGCGCGUGCAACUUCCUGCCGCUGCCCCCGAUACUCGCCGCCUCGGGCACCUCGCACUCGGCCUCGGAGCCCCAUAACGACGUGCCCUCGCUCGUCACCUACCGCAACUACGCCACGCUCUACUUCAUCGUCAUCUCGACCUCGACCGAGUCCCCGCUCGCCCUGCUGGACCUGAUCCAGGUCUACGUCGAGUCGCUCGACAAGCUGUUCGAGAACGUCUGCGAGCUGGACCUGAUCUUCAACUUCGAGACCCUGCACGCGACCCUGAGCGAGAUGAUCGUCGGCGGCGUCGUCAUCGAGACGAAUCUGGACCGCAUCGUCGCAGGGGUCAAGUCGCAGGGCACCGUCGCGAAGAGGCCCGUCAACGAGACUAGGAGCUCGGGGCUCGGGGCGGGACUGGGCGCGGGACUGGGCGGCACAUUCGUCUGGCCGGGACGGUGA